AUCACAGUUCAGAGGCUGACUGCCUGACCUGCUUGACUCUGCUAUAUAAACCCCGUUUGAGACUGCUUGUCGACAACAGUUGCACAGCAGCGGCCAAAGCCAGCACAUCUAUUCAGCAUCUUCAAGAUUAUCGCCAAGCAAAGAUGGCCACCUACACUUGCACACAGUACGUGAACUUUGCCGAUCCGGCCAGCAUUGGCAAGAUGAGCACCACUUAUACACUGGAUGCGGCACAUUUUGGUCAGCAUGAUUUGGGUCUGUUCAUUGAGAGUCUGGAGACCAUCGAGCGCAUCGAACGGCAGCGUCACGAGCGACGUCAGCGUCGACGGGAGCAGAAGCUGCGAGAGGCACGCAUUGCGGAGCUGGAAAGCGAUCGUUGUGUCAGUCCCACGCCCAGCGCCGAGGAGGCUGUCGACGAGCCGCUCACGUACUUGGAGGCCAAGUGCAUACCCUAUGCCAUAAGUGAAGCACUGCCCAUUAUUGCCGAGACGGGCUCACCCACCUAUGAUGUUUGUGAUGAUGAGGCCUACGGCAGCGCUAAUCAGACGCCCCGCAGCAGUGUCACCUAUUGCAGUUGUGCUGGUGGCCUGGACUCGGAUUCCACUGAAUCGGGCAUUUAUGGUGGGUCCACUCCGCCAGUGCCGUUGCGUCCACGCUCGCAGGUCAUUAGCAAGCCGAAGAAUCGAACCACUCGCUCCCGCAUCAUCAGCAUGGUGCUGAAGCGGGACUACGCCAAGGCGCCCUCCACGGAGAGCUUGGGCCACAAGAUGCACUGUGGUCGGCAUCAGUUGAAUCAAAUGUCAUCCAAAGCGCGACGCGGCAUUGCAAGCAGUCAGAGCUCGGUCGAGGAGUGUUUCCUCGACAAAGCGCUGCGCUUUAUGACUUUGUGAUUUGGGCACACCAAGUUGCCCUCAGCUUUAAUAUUUAGUUUUUAAGUCAAACACAGUACAAUAAUAUAAACCAAGCUCAUUUUUUGUUUGUAAAACAUAUUGAUAUUAAAAAACUAUUACAAGAAAA